AUGGACGUGGACGUGGACGUGGACGUGGACGUGGACGUGGACAUGGACGUGGACGUUGACGUGGACGUGGACGUGGACGUGGACGUGGACGUGGACGUGUACGUGGACGUGGACGUGGACGUGGACGUGGACGUGGACGUGGACGUGGACGUGGACAUGGACGUGGACGUGGACCUGGACGUGGACCUGGACGUGGACGUCGACGUGGACGUGGACGUGGACGUGGACGUGGACGUGGACGUGGACGUGGACGUGGACCUGGACUUGGACGUGGACUUGGACGUGGACGUGGACGUGGACGUGGACGUGGUCGUGGACCUGGACUUGGACGUGGACGUGGACGUGGACGUAGACGUGGACAUGGACGAAGACAUGGACGUGGUCGUGGACGUAGACGUGGACCUGGACAAAGACGUGGACGUGGUCGUGGACGUGGACGUGGACGUGGACGUGGACGUGGACGUGGACGUGGACGUAGACGUGGACGUGGACGUGGACGUGGACGUGGACGUGGUCGUGGACGUGGACGUGGACGUCGACGUGGACGUGGACCUGAACGUGGACGUGGACCUGGACGUGGACGUGGACGUGGACCUGGACGUGGACCUGGACGUGGACGUGGACGUGGACGUGGACGUGGACCUGGACGUGGACAACGUGGACGUGGACGUGGUCGUGGACCUGGACUUGGACGUGGACGUGGUCGUGGACGUAGACGUGGACGUGGACAUGGACAUGGACGUGGACGUGGACAUGGACGUGGACGUGGACGUGGACGUGGACGUGGUCGUGGACGUGGACGUGGACAUGGACGUGGACGUGGACGUGGACGUGGUCGUGGACGUGGUCGUCGACGUGGACGUGGACGUGGACGUGGACGUGGUCGCGGUCGUGGACGUGGACGUGGACGUGGACGCGGUCGUGGACGUGGACGUGGACGUGGACGCGGACGUGGACAUGGACGCGGACGUGGACGUGGACGUGGACGUGGACAUGGACAUGGACGUGGUCGUGGACGUGGACGUGGACGUGAACCUGGACGUGGACGUGGACGUGGACGUGGACGUGAACGUGGACGUGGUCGUGGACAUGGUCGUGGACGUGGACGUGGUCGUGGACGUAGACGUGGACGUGGACAUGGACGUGGACGUGGACGUGGACGUGGACGUGGACAUGGACGUGGACGUGGACGUGGACGUGGACGUGGACGUGGAUGUGGACGUGGACGUGGACGUGGACAUGGACAUGGACAUUGAUGUGGACGUGGACGUGGAUGUGGUCGUGGACAAGGCAAGCUCCUAG